CACAGACUGAAAUCAGACCGUGUGGCAUUGGGCUGCUGUAUACUCUCAUCCCAGGGCCGCUUAUCAUCCGGGUUCGAUUUGCCCUAGAAACAAAUGUAGCUCUGGACCGAUGACUUUAUUCUUCAUUUGCCUGGUUUGACGUACCGAACUAACGCAGGGAGGAAUAUUAAGGGAUGACCGGCUAUAUUCUCAGGAGUGCCUAUGGUCUUUCGAGCUCAUGGCUAAUCAGCAAACUGUCAUCUAACAUCCUAUCCGUGAUGUUUUGACAUAUCGAUGUGUCGUUUGAAUGUGCAACAGGCUCGCGCCAUAUAUUCAUGCGGUUUAUGGAGACGAUGGGGGAUCAAAGGGAUGAUGUGUCCUAGUGCUCUACAUAUUUUUGCUUGUCGUUGCAAUAUAACCAUUUAUUAAUAUUGUUCACUUACGACCAUGACACUUUGAAUGGUGCUCUUUGAUCUGUACACAACUGGACAGCACUUCAGUUUGGCGAGGUCAUUUUUGUAGAGGUUUGUGCCAGAGUAUAAGGGAAUUUAAAAUGGCAACGCAAGUAACAGGGAGGAAAAGAAUUCCCAACCGGGAGAAACUAUCGGCGGAGGAUGAUGCUCUCAGUCAAAUAGCUCGAGAGGCGGAGGCAAGACUGGCAGCUAAAAGGGCAGCCCGGGCAGAAGCUCGAGAAAUCCGUAUGAAGGAAUUGGAGAGGCAACAGAAAGAGAUAUAUCAAGCGCAAAAGAAAUACUAUGGGCUGGACAGCAAAUGGGGCCAUAUUGAACAGUGGAUGGAGGACAGUGAGCGGUAUUCCCGCCACUCUCGGAGACAUACCUCGAUAUCAGAUGAUGAAGAGCGGAUGUCUGUUGGCAGUCGGGGCAGUUUGAGGGGCAACCACACAGAUCUCUGCAGCAGCACCAGCAGUCUGCCUUCAGCCAGACUACAAAAUGGACGGCCCUCUGCGCUUUUUAGUGAAACCCCCCGUUCAAGAAGUCACAGGGGGUCAUUGCAUGAAGAGAGUUCGUACUCUGCCACUAGGCGUUUCAGUGGCUCCAGCGCUAGAGGCCCUUCAGACUACAAUGGCUUUCUGGGCUCCAGUUCCAGGGCCUCCUCUAGGGCGAGUUCAGCCCGGGCCAGUCCAGUGGUGGAGGAAAGGUCAGAUUUCCUGGAAAAGGGGUCCAGGACAGCCUCCACCCUCUCUGCUGCAACUCUGGCAUCUCUGGGAGGAGGUUUAUCACGAAGAGGAAGCUGUGAUACCUCGAUUUCAGCUGACACUGAAGCCUCCAUACGGGAAAUGAAGGACUCCCUAGUGGAGGUGGAGGAGAAGUACCGUAAGGCAAUGGUGUCCAAUGCUCAGCUGGACAAUGAGAAGACAAACCUGAUGUAUCAGGUGGACACGCUGAGAGACACUCUGAUGGAGCUGGAGGAACUUCUGUGUGAGACACGCAGAGAGUGUGAGGAGAAAACCAGAGAUUUCGAGCGUGAACGUCAUGCCCACAGUGUCCUGAAGUUCCAGAGUGAGGAGAUGAAGGAAACACUGAAGCAGAGCGAGGAGUUGUUGACGGAAGCCCAACAGUCUCGAGGAAAGCAGGCGGACUAUAUUAGAGAGAUUGCUGACCUGCAAGAGACAUUGGAAUGGAAAGAUAAAAAGAUCCGGGCCUUAGAGAGGCAGAAGGAAUAUUCAGACAUUGUCCAUGAUGAACGGGAGGCACUCAGGGAUGAGGUUUGCCGGCUUAGGGAUGCUCUAAAGAAACAUGGCAUUGUGCUGGGAUCUGAGGUGACGCCCAAUGGGGAAGUAGUAGACGGGGUGAUCGAUGGGCAUGCUAAUGCAGAAACAGCCUCCCGACUGAAUCAAGACUCUCAUACACCCACCAUGAUUGGAGACAGCAUGUUAGAGAUCAGACUGAAGAAACUGGUGGAAGAGAGAGAGAGUUUGCUCGACCAAGUGCGCAAGUAUAAAUCCAUUGCAGAGCAGAAACAAAAGAAUGGGACAGAAGAAACAGGAAGCACAGAUGAUGAUGACCUACAGAAUGGCCUAGACCCUCAUAUUCUAGACCUGCAGAGAGAUGCUAACAGGCAGAUCAGUGACCUGAAAUUCAAGUUGGUCAAGUCUGAGCAAGAAGUCACAGCACUUGAACAAAGUAUAAUGAGGCUGGAGGGUCAGGUGAGCCGCUAUAAGAUGUCUGCUGAGGCUGCAGAGAAGGUGGAAGAUGAACUAAAAGUGGAGAAACGCAAGUUGCAGAGAGAGCUGAGGUCUGCACUUGACCGUAUCGAUGAGCUGGAAGCAAGCAACAGCCACCUUACGAAGAGACUAGAGAAGAUGAAGGCCAAUCGGAGCGCCCUUUUGGCACAGCAGUGACGCCCACCCUGUGCUUACUCUGUAGUCAGGGCAUGAUUCCCAUCACCCACUGGCACCAAUGAUCUGCCACCCAUAUUAAACUAAAACUUCUGUCAAAAUCAUAUCAAAUUAGCCCAAUCAUAAUCAUGCUAAUUCAGACUUAAAAAGUAAAUAUGGCUUACAGGCAUGAACGUCAACCUUUGUUUUGCUAGUGGGAUUCCAAGCGGAGGACAUAUCAAAACUUUCUUAAUGAGGCUCAUUAAAGUGACCUUUGGUUUGGAUUAGCAGAAUUCAGGCCCUAAAUGAGCUCUCAAAACUUUUUGACUGGUUACGGAUCUCUGUGUCAGCCAACAAGCUCAGCACAGGCAGAGCAGCAGGUUAAUUUAGUAAUCCAGUAGUGAGGGACAAUGACUUAUCUUUGCAGACCAUGCACUUUAUCCCUGCGUCAGUAUUCAAAUUUUGUGUUACAUGGAAACUGUAACAUAUGUACAUGGAACUGUUUUGCUAAGUGACAUAAUGGAAUUUGUGUAGUGCAGAGAUGAUAUGAUUGAAUGUAUGCUCUUAUACAGAGACAGAUUUUUCUUGCAAUUUUUGUGCAGACGGGGAGUGUUGUUUAAACUUUCAACAAGUUAUGGGGGAAUUGCUAUAAUGUCCAUUUUGUUUCACGCCAAAUCUGUGUGUGAGCGCGCGUGUUUGCGUAUUGGUCCAGGCUAAAGGUGGACUAGUACUUUGUAAUGUUAAUAAUUUUUGUUUUUAUGCUAAUGUUGUGUCAACAUCCUGAGGAACCUAGUUAAGACUACAAAAAAAAAAAAAAAAUAA